CACGCCUCACGACCCACCCUAUCUCUUCCCCAAUUACGUUCUGUACCAGCGCUGCCUCCUCACUCACGCCGCCAUGGCCAUGGCUCGCUGCCUCCUCUCCCAGACUCCCCACCUCCCGCCCUCGGCCCGCGCUCUCACAGCUGCCCACCCUCCGGCGCCGAGCCAACCCGCCUCCCUCCAGCGCUAUAACGGCCACCCGCCCACCGGCGCACGGUUCCGGCUGCCGGCCGCCCCGCCCGUCGGCGCCGAGCUACCCUUCCAUCAGCCAGAUCUCAUGGCCGCCCCUCCCUCCGGCGAUGAGCCAACCCGCCAUCGGGCGCAAGGUUCCGGCUGCAGGCCGCCCCGCCUCCGGCGCCGAGCCACAUCGCCAUUGGCCGCAGGCGGCCCCUACUCCGCUGUGUCCGCGGCAGCUGCGUUCGGGCUCCCGACGCGCGCCUGGACCCACCCGCUUCCCUGGCUUUGCUCCUCCUCACCUCCCGCUAGGCAAUGGCGGGCGUCGGCGUUCCUCCAAAAGAGCUGCUCCCGCACGUCUUGCAGGAGGAUGGGGACACGACACCACGUGUGUCCACCCCAACCUGGACCGGCUCUACAUGGUACUCUGUUUGCAGGCAGCUAUAUAGAAAAAAAAUAGUCUGACGCCCCGCUUAUCUCAUAGCUGGGCUGACAUGAGGGAACUUGCAUGGCAAUAACAAUUAUGCGUACUUCCAGAAGCAAAAGAAACAGACGCAAACUGCAAAUGAAGAAGACGGCUAACAGCGACUUUGGUCAGCGCGACGAAGACGACGGUCAGCAGCGACCCUGGUUGUGGUUAGCGUGAUGAAGACGACAGUGCCAUUUCAAGUUUUGAAAAGCUAUGUCUAAUGGCGUGUUAGUUGAGAAAUAGUAGGUGUUUGUUGUGCCAUUUGAAAUUUUGAAAAGCUACGCCUAAUGGUGUGGAGUUGUUUGUUA